CUGGGCGAUGUACGAAUGUGAAGAUGUGAUCCUAGAUUCAUGUAAAAAUUCAAUGUUUUUGGCAAAGUUUUGCCAAUAUGGGCGAGACAAACGUCGUAUCUAGCACCACGAAUGGUUUUUCUUCACUUCUAAGACCUCAGAAAAUUCCCACCGUUAGUGAUGAGGAAUAUGCUGCAAACUUUUGGCCAAAGCUGGAAUCUGCAAUCCUACUGAUCCUGAGACAAAACCCAGGAGAGUUUAUUCCCAUUUCAUAUGAAGAAAUGUACAGUGCUGUCUACAAGUGUGUUUGUCAGCAGUACUCUGAGAAGAUGUAUCAUAAUUUAAUGUCUCUUGUUGCAAACCAUUUAAAAGAAGUGGCUGAGAAUUUACAGCUUUCACCUUCUGGGGAAGUAUAUUUAGAGAAAUUCAGUUUUUCAAUGGCUCAGUACUUACAAGCAGUUAGUGGUAUUGUAGCAAUUUUUAAUUAUAUGAAUCGUUUUUAUGUUGUCCCAAAACUCCACACAGACUUGACAUCAGAGCUCAAGAGACUGUUUAUACAUGGAGUGGCUGACAAUUCCUUCUUGUUUACUACAAUAGAGAAGUCAUCUCAGUGUCCUUUUGCUGUGAGCCCACAGRUCAUGAUGUGUGUUAUCAAGGGACUAUACUCGCUUAAUCCAGAAUUUGCAGACAGGAACCCUUCAUUGUUUGCAAAGUAUGUUCCUAAUUUGUUACCAGCCUCCACACACCAGGAUUUGCCUGUAAUAAUAGAACAAACACAAAAACUACAACAUGAACUUAUGGAAGAAUAUGGAUAUACCAGAGAUAAUUCUGAUAGAAAGCGGCGCAGAGAUGACCUUCAAGAAAAUGAUGAAUAAGUUGGAAGCCCUAUCCAGGUAUUGCGACAGAUUAUUCCACCAUUUCUACAUUUUUCUUGGAAUCAGUAGUCGAUGUUUUAUUGAAGACUAAUACAACUGAAAAACCAGCAGUUUAUCGCUGGCACGCUACCAGGUCAUGGGUGUAUCAUUUUCGUUUUGUUUGGUCGACUGGAACCUUAAUUCCAAGGAUAUAUUGUUAUUUAUGUACAAGUACUGGAAGCUCACUCAAACAAACUAUGGCUGCUGGAGACAACAUWUCUCAUGCCCGUUUUUAGAUACAGUCUAAUUUUUUCUUCAAAAUGCUGGUCUUUGUCUCGGCAAAUUGCUGCAUAGAAAUUUCUUUUUCUUAGUUUUUGUAAGGAAAUGCAAAAAAUGAAGUUAAUAAAGUUGGCAUUAAUAUCUACUCAUGAAAAACGUA